AGCUGAUGUAGUACAUACAAAGAGCUUUUAGGGAAGUUUUGAAGGCAGUUCGGGGAGUUGAGGAUGUCAGGUGAUAUGGCUGAAAAUGUCUCCGGUUUUAAUGUUGCAAAUGAUGUGGGUUCUGCAGAAAAGGUAAACGUGCAAAGGACUGAAGUUUUGAGGCCGAAGAUUCAAUGGCGCUCAAAACAAUGUCUCAAUGUAGCUGUUAUCCGCCCAGUUACGAGAAGUGGGAGCUGUGAUACAAGUCAGACUCUCCCACAGUCUCCUGCUUUAACAUCUUCAAUAUCACCUGCUAGAACAAAUCCAGAUGACCUUUCACCUCAAGCCAGAUCAAGCCACAUGUUCAGGAGGAAUUGUACUCAGAUGUGUCCCUUCUCCUUUGAUUUGCGUGACUCCAUGCAAAGAGUUGCCCAAGAACAAAAGCUGGAGAGGCUGAGGCUUAAGCUGAUGGAGGAACGGCAUCGUGCAUUCACCUUUAGAGCCAAUCCAGUGAGAAAAUACAAACCACUGGUACUGCAGCAAAGCUCGCGUCAACUCACAAUCCCCCGAUCGCCGUUCUCCAGUGGCCACCCAUGCGAAUAGAUGACAUGCCUUUUUAAAUGUGUGUGUAUAUAUGGAUCUUUAUUGAAAUUAA